GCAGCCCCAAGCAGCCAUCACUCGGGCUUUCCCAACACAAGUCCGCACAUCCCACAGACAGAGCUGUUUCAAAUGAGCGCUCCCGCUGCACCUGCUGCUGCUGCUGCUGCUCCUGGCGGCGCUCCCAACGCUCAGCAAGCCGGUGGCGGCGGCUUCUACUCUAUCGCUACGAGUAUCGGCCGUAUCCUGCUGAUUUCAUAUGCGGUCAACGCCGUCGGAAGGGCCUUCAAAGGAAACCAGGAGACAGCAGAUGUCGUACAGGGCAGUGCACCAACCGGGCAAGACGGUCCGGUGCCGGCCGCCCACCAGGUUCAUGUCCAGACCCGGACCCUUCAACCCUCUUGGUUGCCUGGCGACAGAGCUACUCUUUCUGCAUUUCUCACCGAGACGGAAAAUUUCAACCCGGAUGCCACACCCGUUUGGGAAGAGAAGGACAUUUUCUUCGGAGAGUGGAAGGGAAGAACGAAGGAAGUUACCAUCGACGUGCCCGAGAGCGUUCAACGAAACGGGAGUCUGUACGCCCAUUUCAUCCUGAACCCCACUGGGAAUGUUGAGCGUCAACCUGAGGAGCCAGCGCCAAGCCCUUUGUACUCUCGCAAAUUGCUCACCCGUUUCAUGCCCAAGCGCAAAGUCAAGAAGACCAAGAAAUUGGUGGCCUCAGAAGGAAGCUUAGCUGAUCCCGAGCCCGAGGAAGAGCAAGAGGAUGGACAGGUUCCAAUCAUAUCUUACUGGUGGCCCAAUGUCACCCUGAACGUGCUGAAUCAUGUGGCACCCCUACCCCCUACCACGCCACCUUUGAUGCUGAAAAACUUCGGCCUCGAGUCCGAUGGCGUGCACUACAAGCCGCCGUUCUACGUCAAUGACUUCUGGCUGACAGCUGAUCAGUUGUCUCCCAUCAAUGAAACCGUCAAGACCCUCAACCUUUCGCUCUCGUACAACCCCGUUUCGUACUUCAAGUACCAGGUGUUCACUGGCUUGGAGGAAAACCUUCGCGUGCAGCAGACGACACUUGGCGUUGCGGCUGCUGAGACGGACGACAUGAAGCGGAUGUUCAUGGACACCAACCCCUAUCUUCUCGGAGUCACGAUGUUCGUGUCUAUGUUGCACAGCAUUUUUGACAUCCUUGCUUUCAAGAAUGACAUCCAGUUCUGGCGUAAGCGUAAGGACAUGGAAGGACUUUCGUUCCGGGCUAUAACCAUGAACGUGGCUUUUCAGGCUGUGAUCUUCUUAUAUCUUCUGGAUAACGACACAAGCUGGAUGAUCAUUAUCAGCACCGGCGUCGGCCUUCUCAUUGAAAUCUGGAAGAUUCAGAAGACCGUUAUCGUACAGCGUAAACCGGAGUUUCCUUACGUUGAGUUCGUCGAUCGGGUCAAACCCUCCAAAUUGGCUUCCAAAACCAAGAAAUACGAUGAGAUGGCAUUCAAAUACGUCUCCCGAGCUCUCUACCCAUGUCUGGCGGCAUACGCCAUCUACUCGCUGGUUUACGAAGAACACAAGGGAUGGUAUUCGUACAUCAUUGGAACGCUCGUUGGUUUCGUUUACGCCUUUGGCUUCAUCACCAUGACACCGCAAUUGUUCGUCAACUACAAGUUGAAGUCUGUUGCGCAUAUGCCCUGGAAGACGUUCAUGUACAAGGCUCUGAACACUUUCGUUGACGAUCUGUUCGCAUUCGUCAUCAAGAUGCCGUGGCUGCAUCGUCUCGCCUGUCUCCGUGACGACGUGGUGUUCUUUGUCUACCUGUACCAGCGAUGGGUUUACCGUGAGGACAAGCGACGCAGGAAUGAAUUCGGGCAAGUUGGUGAAGAUGACAGAACUCGGCGAAGCCCGCGCCAGCAAGCGUCAUCAACCCCAACAUCAGCGGCGCCAAGCAGCGGAACAAGAAGCAGAAAGAUGCGAUUUGAUUAUGCCGUCAUCAACCAGAACUGGCCCAUGCUCUAACGCUAUGAAGGCGAUGUGUGGAUUCCUGCACAUGGUGGGGAAUGACCCUGGAUUAUAGGGGACAAAGAGGCUGUUAGUGCUAGAUUCCCCUAGUGAUUCCCAGCGUACGUGCAAUAGGAGAUGGAGCGAGCGUAGUAUACACACACACAUAUACAGUCAGUGUCCAUAAAGCUACCCGCCCGAAUUAAACCAGCGACUGCCGCGACGCCAUACUCACCGACUUUGAUUUCA